ACCAAGUAUAUCUGGUGGCGUAUGGGAAUUCACUGCGCGUACAAGUACUAGUAGGAAUUGCCGUCCUUCUGCUGUUUGGAUAGAGUACAGUCAGAGUACUCCAGGACUCUUGUUUGUGGCACAUACACAUCUAUCUAUCCAGGUACUGAGUACAUCCCUUGCGCCGUACUUGUAGACUCGUCCUGACAUCUGCUGCGACGAUCGCCAACACAACACCCACCCGACUAAGCCACAAGUUGACGGAUACUUUGCCUUCAUUUUAAAAACCACCCAUUGCGCAUACAACUACUUUACUCCAGCGCGCCCACUUCCACUUCCCUCCUCUCACUUCCCGCCCAAUUUGACCCUCAUCAUGGCCGCGCAUUACGCUGAUAAUGUGCUCCACGGCUCCGACCACCCAGAUACCCACGCCUCGCAGACACGUUGGAGACAUCAGGAAUCUUCAGCUUUCCUUCGCCAUGCAACUGUCACCCCGCGUGAAGCCGAUGUGCGAGGCGACUCGAGAGAUCUCACAGAAUUCUUAAACUCGCAAAGAAUCGAACCCUCCCAGUCUGGAAAGCCUCCAUCGCCCGGGAAACACCAACCUAUUAUGGUUGCUGGAAAUGUUCCCCACGAAAAUGGUGUACAAAAUUCGAGCGCGCAGAGGCUAGGGCCUCCAGGAGAGAGCGUUGCGCAAGGACAUAACACGACGCUGGAAGUCAAGUGUGGCCCAUUGCUGAACUAUAGGCGCAUGGAGGAUAAUACAUGGUUUGGGAGCGUGUUGGUUGUAACGAAGGGUGGAGGCUCUGCCGAAAGUCUAGUCACUCCUCAAUUGACUGUCAAAAUCGUUGGAACUCGGUCGCCUGGUGGGUCGCUAGGGAGAUUUGAAAUACCUGCGGCAACCUCUGGGGGAAAUGCUGGCGCAAAUAAUGAGAAUGCGGUGGUCAAUGGAGUGGAUUACGGCAGCUUCAAUACACCUACCGACGGUCGUCCCACGAAUGGACAAUCAUUCUCUAAUGGGCCAAGUAAUGGGCAUAAUCAGCAAUGGAAAGCACUUGUCAAUGGAACAAGAUUGUACUCUGACCACAAAAACACGUUCUGGAGAUUUGAUUUGGUGGUACCUAUGCAAGAGUCAGAAAUCGAAUGCGAGUACACAAUUUCUGCUCUCAACUUCACACAGGGUAAGAAAACGGACAAACAGACCUUUUUCAUACCAGCAAUUACCGAGUCCAUGAGAAUCAUGUUUCAUUCUUGCAAUGGCUUCAGCGUGGGAACUGACGAAGAUGCAUGGAGUGGGCCAUGUCUCUGGAACGAUGUUAACCGAGUUCACAAGGUGACUCCGUUUCAUGUCAUGCUAGGAGGGGGGGAUCAAAUUUACAAUGAUGGGAUUCGUGUAAAUGGACCCUUGCGACCUUGGACUGAUAUUGGUAACCCUAAAAAGAGAAGAGAAUUUCCAUUUCCAGAGUCAUUGAGAAAAGACUGUGAUGAAUACUACGUCAAUAAUUAUAUCAGAUGGUACGGAACAGAGCCAUUCGCAACGGCAAAUGGCCAAAUCGCGCAGCUCAAUUUAUGGGAUGAUCACGAUAUCAUUGACGGCUUCGGUUCUUAUGUUGAUGAAUUUAUGAGAUGUCCAGUUUUCAGAGGCAUUGGUGGUGUAGCGAACAAAUAUUACCUUCUCUUUCAACAUCAUCUUGCGCCCCCACCUUCCACGUACACAACUGGUAAGCUAUAGGUUGCCAAUGGUUCAAAAUAUGCAGCUAACCUCAGACAGACGCUCCACAAACCACUGGACUCGAGGGAGUCGGUCUUGACCCCAGACAACUCGAAAAUACGUUUGUUCUAGAAGAAAAGACUAUUGACUCCAGUUACAUAAUUGGUAGCAAGCCAGGGGUAAGUCAUAUUCCGUUUGAUGUUUUCCCAUAAGCUCAUAUUAAAUCAGCCUUACGUCGUGGACCAUUCCCGAAGUAUUUAUGCUAGACUUGGAGCAAGAAUCGCUUUUUUCGGUAUUGAUGCUAGAACCGAGGUAAGCAAUGUCCGUCCGUUUGGUCAUUCAUCUUUUGACAUAAUUAGCGAACUCGGCAUCAAGUCAACUAUCCCGAGACAUAUGAGAUUAUUGUUGAUAGACUUCGUCAAGAGCUUGGAGCUGCAAAAGAGACUUCAACACCUAUCCAGCAUCUAAUCGUCCUGCUAGGCAUUCCCAUAGCCUAUCCAGUAAGUCUCAACCUUGUUAUUCUGCUGAUAAUCGUCUAACGCAAUAUAGCGCCUGACAUGGCUGGAAAACAUAUUCUCUAGUCCAUUGAUUGCCCCCAUAAAAUUUCUCAAUAAGAGAUUCGGAUUUGGUUGGUUUUUUGGUCUCAAGAAAUCUGCUUUGACUAAUUAUAUCUAGGUGGUGGAUUUUUCAAUCACUUCGAUGGCAGUGUCGACUUGCUGGACGAUCUCGAUGACCAUUACACAGCAAGAACACACAAGAGAGAACGUCAAAUGCUCGUUCACAGACUGCAAGAGCUCGCGUCCGAAUUCUCAGUCCGUAUCAGUAUCCUCGGUGGCGAUGUCCAUCUUGCAGCUGUUGGUCGCUUCUACUCGAACCCCAAACUCAAUAUUCCCAUCUCGAACGAUCACCGAUACAUGGUAAACAUCAUUUCCUCCGCCAUCGUCAACAAGCCUCCUCCUCAAGCAGUCGCAAAUCUCCUAGCACGAAGAAACAAACUGCAUCAUCUGGAUCACAGCACAGAUGAGACAUUAAUGAAAUUCUUCAACAAAGACCCAGGUCAAUCCAACAAAACCGCCAACUCAAACCAGGUCACGAUGCCAAGUCGCAACUGGGCCAUGAUCACAGAAAACAGCUCUCACGGCACCACCACCCCACAAGAAAACAGCCAUCUAAAUGUCAACGGAAACGCCAACGGCAACGCAGUAACUGGGUCCGAAGUCGCCGCCUCCACAGAAGAAACCUCCGUCCCCGUCUCCGUAAUAAAAAAUGUCAAAGAUGGGCAUUCAUGGCUUCACACGGGGGAAGUGAAUGCAGGGACGGCGCAUAAGGCGGCAAAUAUGGAGGUCCAUGGGAAAGAAAGGGAUGGAAGUCUGGAUGUUUGCAUUCGGGUCGAGUGUGAUCAACAUGAUGCCGAGGGGAAGACGGAGUUGUAUGGCAUGACGGUGCCAAGGUUGGUGUAUAGUGGGGUGCCUCAGCGGCCGCAGAGUAGGAAGUAUGCUGCUUCUGCUGGGAGUGUGAGGGGGGAGAGUGUGAGGGGGCACCAAUGA